AUGAAGUACUCCGUGUUCGUCCAGACCAACUUCAUCCCUAUUCAAGGAGAUGUGCAAAACACUGCUACAUGGUUUCUCGAGCCUCUUGUACUCUGUUACAGAUCACUCUGUGCCUGUGGUGAUUGACCAAUUGCCGACGGAAGCCUUCUUGAUUUCUUAUGGCAAGCUACCUUCGAGCUCUUACUUGUCAGACUUGAUAUCUAGCAGGAAUCUGACAGGCACACUGAUGUUCUAGAUGCCAUCACAAAGCACCUAGGCAUUGGAUCCUAUCGAGAAUGGUCAGAAGAACAUAGGCAGGAAUGGCUCUUAACUGUGCUCAGUGGCAAACGCCCUCUUUUCGGACCUGAUCUUCCCAAAACUGAAGACAUUGCUGGCGUACUUGACACCUUUCAUGUCAUUGCAGAACUUCCUCCAGACAAUGCUGGUGCUUAUAUAAUCCCAAUGGCCACAAGCCCUUCCGAUGUACUUGCUGUUGGGCUGUUAUAGUGUGAGUGUCGUGUCUAACAACCACUGAGUUUUUCGUUGUUUGAAAAGCUCGCUGAUCUUGAAGCUGCUCCUGCUGCUGUGGCUCGUCUCUUCUCAAUAAAUUGGUAUAGAAAACAGAUUAAGGGGAAGCAAGAAGUCAUGAUAGGAUACUCAGAUUCUGGAAAGGAUGCCGGGCGUCUCUCUGCUGCUUGGCAGCUGUAUGAGCCUCAAGAAGAGCUUGUGAAGGUGGCAAAGGAAUAUGGGGUUAAGCUAACCAUGUUCCAUGAUCAAGGAGAUUUUGGCAGACGAAGAGGGCCUACCCAUCUUGCUAUAUCUCAACCACCUGACACCAUUUGUGCAUCACUUCGUCUCUUCGUGAUCCCGGGCACAGCGCUUGAAAAGUCUUCUGGGGAGGAGCACUUGUGUUUCAGAACACUCUAGAGUCUUACAGCUACCGCGCUUGAGCAUGGAAUGCAUCCCCCAAUCUCACCUGAGUCAGAAUGGCGUGCUCUCAUGGAUGAGAUGGAAAUUGUAGCGACGAAAGAGCACCGAUCCAUAGUUUUCCAAGAACCUCGUUAUGUUGAAUACCUCCGCUUGGCAACACCAGAGAUGGAGUAUGGUCGGAUGAAAAUUGGGAGGCGACCAUCAACACGGAAGCCAAGUGGCGGCAUCGAGUCACUCCGAGCAAUCCCAUGGAUCUUUGGUUGGACCCAGACACGGUUCCAUCUACCAGUUUGGCUUGGCUUUGGAGCAGCAUUUAAGCAUGCGAUUCAGAAAGACAUAAAAAAAUCUCCACACGCUCCAGGAGAUAUACAAGGAGUAGCUUUUCUACAGAUUGACAAUUUACCUGUGGAGUUGGCAUUUGCCAAGGGAGAUCCAGGGUUUGCUGCUUUGUAUGACAAGCCCCUGGUGUCAGAAUAACUGCGGCCUUUUGGAGACUGCUUGUAGCAAAUUACGAAGAAACCAAGCUCCUCCUACGGUUAUGGGGAUAAGCCGCUGCUGAGAGAACAAAUCAUAUAGAUAGGUCAAAAUCCAUUGCUUUCGUCCCCCUUCAGAACAUUUCUAAACCCAAACCUGUUCUGUUUUUAGAGUGCCUAUUGCCACAUUUCUUUGCUUAAAAAAGUUUAAGACACGGCUUCGCUCCAUCUGUGAAUAAAUUCCAUUAUGUUUUCUGUGCUUGCAGAUUGCCGAGCAUAAGGACCUUCUCGAAGGAGACCCGUACUUGAAGCAGAGACUUCGUCUUCCCGAUGCAUCACAACCCUUAAUGUUCGCUAAGCCUCUACUUUAAGACAACGAAAUAAAAUUUUCGAAUAAU